AUGAAGUUCAAUCUCUCAAGCCUCUUCGUCUUCGCAACGGCGAUGCUCGCCGUCAACACGUUACCGACCAUCCCGACUCAACACGGCGUAAGCCCGGCCCUCGCUAUCACGGAGCCACGGGCAGAGCACUUGGUAGCGCGGGCCAUCCCAGGCUUCUCGAGCUCGAAAGGCAUCGGCAGUAGCGUCAAGGGAUUCUUCACAACCAAGAACUUGAAAAAAUAUGUUCCCAACAAAAAGAACUUGAAGAAGGCGAUGAAGGAGUUAGAGGUGCAGAAGAAUAAGGCGAUAAAGCAGGUGAAGGCGAUGAAUGAUAAGGCGCGGAAUGCGAUGAAGGCGAGGAAGGCGAGGAAGGAGAAGGCGGAGAAGGCGAAGAAGGCGGAGAAGGCGAAGAAGAAGGAGAAGAUGGAGAAGGCUAAGAAGGCGAAGAAGGACGCGAAGAACAAGAGUUCGAACGGCGGUUUCAUGAAAGGCAGUGUCCAGAAGAUCAAAGAAUGGCUCCAAUUGCCUAUUCGCAACAAAUAA